AUUUCAGAUUUCUCAAGGGAAAAGAAACUCUGCUGUUAGAAUUAAGAGAGGGUGGCGCGUGCCUGCGUGUUUGUCAGCUGAGCAAAGCUGUAUUUAUCUUUCCAACUCAAAUUUUGCCAGAUUCUAGCUUUAAAAAUAAAUCGUGGGAAUAUUUGAGAACAUGGAAUCUCGCCAUUGUUCCAGGAUCAUAGCAAAAUAGGCAAUACUUGAUAUUUAUCAUUGCCAGAGGGGAAAAAAAAAUCAUGUAUUUUAUCCUUUUGUGUGUGAUUGGCAUCCUCUGUGAAAAGAUGUGUAUUUUCAUAAGACAGGAAAUUAUCCUAACAAAGGAACCUUAUUUAAAUAUAUUAGCUGUCUUUUAGUAUCCUUUGAGUUCCCUGAAGUUCCUCCUGUUAUUCUUUUUAAGAACUAUCUACUUAACAUACCUAAGGUCUAUUCGGAAGAUUUCAUUUGUCUUGGUGUCAGCUGUAGAUCAAUUUUUAUAAGAAAAUUACAAUAUCAGAAAAUUACAGAAAGUCUACAAAGACAUUGCUUUUUAAAAGUCACCACAGUUUGACAAAGAACUUUUAUUUUUUUCACUUUUUACUCUGAGGAUUAAAGUUUGAUGUUGCAGCCUGGGAAUUCUGAUGGUGGGAGCUAAAACUAGAUACAAAAGAGGAAAAUGUUUUAAGUAAACACAACAAAGGUUACACACAGUCAGUAUCAAAUUUCUCCUAAAAUAAUAUUUCAUUUUUAAAACAUCGUCUCUGGUUAUAUUUCACAAUUUCUCUGGCUCUCUGAGAUGAAGAAAAGUACACAUAUUACAUUACUCUCAUUAUGUAUAAAGUAUUUAUGUUUCAUAAAAUUGUACAGUAUUCAUUAUAACACUUGUCGAAAAGCAGAUAAUUAUUAAACAGAUCUACAUUUCAUUAUAGGUUUGCUUAUUGUGCUUUUCAGAGAAGUAAAGGGGUAAAUUUAAGAAAAGAAAUCCUUUGUGCUUUUUUUCUUUCAUUUUAAAGUAGUUUCUUUACCUUUGAUUUUCAAUUAAAAAAAAAAAGACAAAUCUUAUUGGACAAACAUUUCCUACUGUUUGAAAUAUCCCCUGGCUACUGUCAUAGAGGAAGAAAUUUCUCUUUGUCCAAAGUUCUUCUAGUCGGACUAAGAAUUAAAUUUCUGUAAGACAGAUUAACAGAAGAAAAUCAGAUUAAUUUCCUACCUAUAGGGAAUCUACACAGACAUGGAAAUUCCACAGACAGGCAAAAUGAGGUUUAUAUGUCAUCCUGAGCUAAGGAGAGUGGUAAGGGAGGAAAGCCACUAGCAGGAAGGUGAGAGGAGAUAUUUGGAAAAUGAAGGUUGCCCUGUUGUGCAGAGCUAUAAAAUGGAUUUAGAACUCCAGGAGUUUUAUAACAAGACCCUUGCCACCGAGAACAAUACUGUUGCCACUCGGAAUUCUGAUUUCCCGGUCUGGGAUGACUAUAAGAGCAGUGUGGAUGACUUGCAGUAUUUUCUGAUUGGACUUUAUACAUUUGUAAGUCUUCUUGGUUUUAUGGGCAAUCUACUUAUUUUAAUGGCUCUCACGAGAAAACGUAAUCAGAAGACUAUGGUCAACUUCCUCAUAGGAAAUUUGGCCUUCUCUGAUAUUUUGGUUGUGCUGUUUUGCUCCCCUUUCACACUGACCUCUGUCCUGCUGGAUCAGUGGAUGUUUGGCAAAGUCAUGUGUCAUAUUAUGCCUUUUCUUCAAUGUGUGUCCGUUCUGGUUUCAACUUUAAUUCUGAUAUCAAUUGCCAUCGUCAGGUAUCAUAUGAUAAAACAUCCUAUAUCUAAUAAUUUAACAGCAAACCAUGGCUACUUCCUGAUUGCUACCGUCUGGACACUAGGCUUUGCGAUUUGCUCUCCCCUUCCAGUGUUUCACAGUCUGGUGGAACUUCAGGAAACAUUUGGCUCAGCAUUGCUGAGCAGCAGGUAUUUAUGUGUUGAGUCAUGGCCAUCUGAUUCGUACAGAAUUGCUUUUACUAUCUCUUUAUUGCUAGUUCAGUAUAUUCUGCCCUUGGUGUGUCUCACUGUAAGUCAUACCAGUGUCUGCAGGAGUAUAAGCUGUGGCUUGUCCAACAAAGAAAACAAACUAGAAGAAAAUGAGAUGAUCAACUUAACUCUUCAUCCAUUCAAAAAGAGUGGGCCUCAGGUGAAACUGUCCAGCAGCCAUAAGUGGGGCUAUUCAUUCAUCAGAAAACACAGAAGAAGAUACAGCAAGAAGACAGCAUGUGUGUUACCUGCUCCAGCAAGAUCGCCUCAAGAGAACCACUCAAGAAUGCUUCCAGAAAACUUGGGUUCCGUAAAAAGUCAGCUCUCGUCAUCCAGUAAGUUCAUACCAAGGGUCCCCACCUGCUUUGAGAUGAAACCUGAAGAAAACUCAGAUGUUCACGAAAUGCGAGUAAACCGUUCUAUCAUGAGAAUCAAAAAGAGAUCCCGAAGUGUUUUCUAUAGACUGACCAUAUUGAUAUUAGUGUUUGCCGUUAGCUGGAUGCCCCUACACCUUUUCCAUGUGGUGACUGAUUUUAAUGAUAACCUUAUUUCAAACAGGCAUUUCAAGUUGGUGUAUUGCAUUUGUCAUUUGUUAGGCAUGCUGUCCUGUUGCCUUAAUCCUAUUCUGUAUGGUUUUCUUAAUAAUGGGAUCAAAGCUGAUUUAAUUUCCCUUAUACAGUGUCUUCAUAUGUCAUAAUUCUCAAUGUUUACCAAGGACAGAACAAAUGUUGGGAUCGUCUAAAACAUCUUAACUCUGUAUGUACAAAAACAAAUUUUAGUAACAUGAAAUUUAAUUUAUGUAUCAGAGUUCUGGAUUUGAAUGUCAGUUCAUAAUAUGUGGAAGAUAACUUAAAUGUGUUAUAUAUAAUAUGAUGAAUUCAUUUAGUUGUAUAAAGUCAGUGUAAAUGCAAUCUAUAAUUUCACUUUAAGAAGUAGUUACAUUAAUUUUCAUUUCAUCUUGUCUUGUAAACAAAUGAAUUGUAAUUUUUGUUUAAAAUAAAAGUUGUAUCU